CGCCAACUGCCUCCUCAGCCAUUCCCAUUUCCAUUCGCAUCCCCGGCUAGCCAACCCUGUUCUCCCGCUCGCGCAUCUCAGGCUCCUGCGUUGCAGGAAGGAACUCACUCAAGUAUGGACGCCCUCUCCUGCUUUGCGCCGCCUGCGAUGCUCUCCCGGUCCUUUGCGGACGCGGCCAUCGCGCGCGCGCUCCACUUCUCUCCCUCGGCCGGCUGCUCCCCCGUCCCGGAGCCGUCCAUCGUCGCCGACCUCGGCGCCUGCAGCGCGGCAGCCACGACGGCCUCGUCCUCCUCCUGCGGCCCCGUGGCGAUGCUUCCCCCGGCGGCACCGUCCGCGCGUUGCAGGCUGGGACCCGCGGGCGGCCGCGCGGGGAAGCGCCGGCCGCGGCCGUCCAAGCGCGUGCCCACCACGUACAUAAACACCGACGCGGCAACCUUCCGUCUCAUGGUGCAGCACGUCACCGGCGCCGAGGCCGAGCCGCAGGUCGACGCCGACGCCGGCCUCGGUGUCCUCCUGUCGCCCUUCGACUUUGAUCACUUGCUACCGUCGGACCCUGCGGCGGCCGCGGCCCAAGUCGCCGCGUACGCCCUUCCGGCGGCGGCGGCAGAGCAGCCGUGCUUCCCGACGCUGGACUCGUGGAACGUCAUGUACGACAAGAACUAGGUGACUUUGGGUCGAAACUGAAGCUCUAGGCUCUGUAUAAACAUCAUGCAGCAAGAUGAAGGCGCCGUUGCGUCUGGCUUGUGAUGUAUUGCUCCCUUUGGUCGUUGCAGAGCAGUAGGAGAGGAUUAGAGAUGUAGUAGUAGUGCUGUAUGCAAGUGCGAGUACCACCAGACUACCAGUAUAGCACGCACUAGCAGUGUAGGAAUGCAGAGGUGCUCCUUGGUCUCCUCGCCGGUUGCACUCGCUGCUUCAACUUAGGUAGUUCAAUCUGCCUGUUCUUGGUUCUUGCCACCGGAUACAUGGUCCAGCUGGUACUGCCGUGGAACCCAGAAUAUUUUUUGUGGUGAUCUGAUUGCACCAUGCUUUUA